AUGGGCUGGCUCAUGUCUUNCCCUCCUCAGCCUGGGGCAUAUCCACCGCAAGGUUAUCCACCACAGCAAGGUUACCCCCCACAAGGUUAUCCUCCACAGCAAGGUUACCCUCCUGCCGGCUACCCGCCAGCUGGUUAUCCCCCUGCUGGCUACCCUCCGGCUGCUCAUGGCCCAUCAGCCUCACAUCAUUCAGGACAUGGCGGUAUGGGGACACUUUUAGCUGGCGGGGCUGCAGCGGCUGCAGCUGCUUAUGGUGCAUCUCACUUGGCACAUGGUGCUCAUAUGCCUCAUGGUGGUGGUCACAUGCCCUAUGGAGGAGCUCAUAUGCCCUAUGGAGGAGCUCAUAUGGGUCAUGGAGGCAAGUUCAAGCAUGGGAAGCACGGCAAAUUCAAGCAUGGUAAGCACGGGAAAUUCAAGGGUGGGCAUGGAAUGUUCGGGGGAGGCAAGUUCAAGAAGUGGAAGUGAGUGGAAGUGAUUUGCUCUUGUUCAUCAACUGAAUCAUAUGACCCCUGACUCUUCAUAUGUCAAUUAGUUGAUUUCGGUUUUCUUCUUCAAUAAUUCAUACAUUCUAUGAUGACUUCAAUCGCUUUGUUUA